GGCUUUUUCUGAGCACAUCAGUGUUGGUGGUUCAGAUUCAGAAGCAGCAGUUAGAGCAUGUUGUAACGCUGACGGAUCUGUCAAGCGCUCAGCUUGCGCAAGAGUUACCAGCGCAUUCAGCCACCAACUUUACUCUGUAAAAUAGCUACUUUUUGCAAAGUUUCUCGGCGUUUAUACAAAAAUGUUGGAUAUAUGCUGGCUUUGUGUGAUUCUCGCUGGAAGCGCAGUUUAUUUACUAACGCAGUUUAUACGCUUCAUCUUCGCAGACGCUGAUCUGACUUUACUAUGGGCGGCAAGGUUCGGCAGCAGCCCAGAGUCAAAGUUGAGAGGCAAAGUUGUGUGGAUUACCGGAGCCUCGAGUGGCAUCGGGGAGGAGUUGUCCUAUCAGCUCGCGGCACUCGGAGCUCGGCUAGUGCUGUCUGCCCGCAGGGGGAAUGAGCUGGAGAGGGUAAAGCGCACAUGUUUAGAGCGCUUCUCUCUAAAAGAUGAGGAUAUUCUAGUCCUUCCACUUGAUUUGUUGGACCGUGGAUCACAUCAAGAAAAAACUGCCGCAGCCCUGAAGCACUUUGGUGAUAUAGAUGUGUUGAUAAACAACGGAGGCCGGACGCAGCGUUCGCUGUGCACAGAGGCUGAUUUGGAUGUGUACCAGACACUUAUGGAGCUCAACUACCUUGGCACCGUAUCUGUCACUAAGCAGGUGCUGCCCCACAUGAUCCGCCGUGGUAGUGGUAUCAUAGCCACCGUCAGCAGCGUCUCAGGCUUUGUAGGGGUGCCCCUGGCAACAGGUUAUGCUGCGAGCAAGCAUGCGGUGCAGGGUUUCUUUAACUCUCUGAGGACAGAACUCUCUGAUUAUCCGAACAUCACCAUCAGUACCAUUUGUCCCGGACCUGUAAUAUCAAGCAUUGUUCAGAAUGCAUUCACAGAGGAGCUUGGCAAGCCUGUGGCCACAGCUGGUGAUCAGACACAUAAGAUGUCCACAGAGCGCUGUGUUCACCUCACUCUGGUAGGUCUGGCCAACCGUGUGAAAGAGAUGUGGAUCGCCGAGCAGCCCUUUCUACUUUUCUGCUAUUUGUGGCAGUACACGCCAACUCUGGCCUGGUACUUGACAAACAUUCUGGGUAAAAAACGUGUGCAGAACUUCAAAGCUGGACUGGAUGCAGACUCUGCAUAUUUCAGCAAGCCUAAGGUCAAGACAAAUUGAAAAUCUAAUUUCAGGAAACACUUAUUUAUGAAUUCCUUACCAGAAGGACCAAGGAAUGUCACACAGACAUUUCACUGUUAUUAAAUAAAUAUAAAAACAACUUAUAUUUUGCUUGCUGUAUCAAUAGCAAGAAGUCAAAUAGUACAUUCUUUAAAAAAAAAAUGCAUGGGCAGUUGAUUUGUUUUCUUUGUGUUUUUUGUGUUCAAAUGUUGUACAUCUGUUAUAAUAAAUAGGAUUUAAUAUUCUAA